CGACCCUCGCCGACAGCCAAUGAGAGCGCAGCCCGCGCAGGUUCGGAAUGCGGAGCGAAGCGACUCGGACCGAGCUGAGGAGAAGAAGAAGACAGACGCCAGCGACGGCGGCGCCGAGAAAUCGCUAUGGCUGAGAAAAAUACAAUGACUCUAGAUGAGCAGCAAGUUUCCCCAAUGGUCAGCAGCACAUUACUGAGUUCAGAAGGUGCCAAAGAACAACUCAUAGAAGAUUGUGAAGAAUUGUGGAAACAAAUGGAAGAGUGUCAGAACAUAUUAACACUUCAAGAAACAGAAGCAUUUUCAGAUUCAGAUCCCAAGCUUUCCUUGUUAAUUAAAAGGGCGAAGGCUCUUUCAGCGGAGCUUUACCAAUGGCAGAAGAGAAAACCAGACGUACUUCCCGUGAAUCCAGAUGUUCUGACAGCAUUAGGAAGACACCAGUUGCGGGAAGUAGAACAUGAUCUUGAAAUGGUGCUAUCAACAAUUCAAGCAAAGAAUGAAAAACUGAAGCAAGACUUAGUAAGGGAACAGCAAUGGUUGGAUGAACAGCAGCAGCUAAUAGACCGCCUCAAUCAAACAGAGGAAGAAAAUCGCAAUCAAGUUGUAGAGUUUUCUGAAGAAAGAGCCUUUCAAGAAAUCAAAACCAAAAUGCUGAGAAUAAGAACGUAUAAGGAUAAGAUCUUGAAUGCUCUGGGCGAGUUCCUUGAAGAACAUUUUCCUCCCCCUGAUACUGGAACUAAAAGAAAGAAAAUACAUUCAUCUGAAGAGCCAGAUGUACAACUAAUAUCAUUACAUGAAAUUUUAGAGAGCCUUAUCCACAAACUUAUAAACACACCACAUGAUCCAUAUGUAUCAAUCACCACUUCAUUCUGGCCUCCUUAUAUUGAACUUCUGCUGCGAAAUGGCAUUGUAUUAAGACAUCCAGAAGAUCCAAACAGAAUACGUCUAGAAAAAAUUCAUUAAUAGCAAUAUAUACUAAGAUGGAAGUCAUCGCGUGAUCAGUAAAAUAAAAUUAAUUAGAAGGGGUGUAACUGCUUGCUUCAGCUUGAGAAAAUAGCACUUCUGCUGCUACAGAUUUUAUGCAGGUUCUCAUAAUAUUUCUGUAAUGUUGGAACUAUAGCGCUCUAUUUCAAUGUGAGACUUUAAUUAGUUCUUUGUUACUUUUACUACUAUUAGCAAAUAAUAUUUUAUCCUGAAAAUUAUCCAGACCAUUAAAAUAAGAGACGAACCUAAGAUUAUAGGUGUAGUUUAGACUGAUGGUUCAUUUGCCUGUAGCUCUCCAACUAACUUCUUUUCCAUCAACUCUCGGAUUCCAGCAGCACCUUAAGAAAAUGCUGAAAUAGGAAAAACAGUAUUUAUUCCUGGGAUGGUAUGCUGAGAAAAAGAAAACAGAAUUUUGUAUUUCUAAGUCACCAGGGAUAUGUGCAAUUCUAUGAAAGAAAGGCAAGAGAAACCUUUUGGAGAUCUGCAGUCAGAAUUUGUAAGAUAAUCUGUUUCAGAGUUACUUUUACUACCUUGCUGUCUGCCCCCCUUCCCCACCCCUAGUUCCAAGAGCUU